AUGCCGGAGGAGGAGUUAGUAGAGCUCAAGUUUAGAUUGUAUGAUGGAUCGGAUAUCGGUCCCUUUAGGUAUUCACCGGCAUCCACCGUUGCUACGCUCAAAGAACGAAUCGUCUCCGACUGGCCCAAAGAUAAAAAAAUUGCACCCAAGGCAGCAAAUGAUGUCAAACUGAUAAAUGCUGGGAAAAUCUUGGAAAACAACAAGACCGUUGGCCAAUGUAGGGUUCCUUUUGGGGACCUCCCAAAAGGGGUAAUCACCAUGCAUGUUGUUGUCCAGCCAUCUUUAGCAAAAGCAAAAGCAGAGAAAAAGGUGGAUGUUGCCCCGAGAAAAAAUCUCUGUUCAUGUUCCAUAUUAUAA